CUUCUUCUUCCUUCCCAUUUCUCCUCUCUCUAACAAACCAGUAGAGAGAGAAAGAGAUUGCCAUUAACAUGAGCUUCCUCUUCCUCCUCCUUCUCUUACUACUCAUACCGAACUCCUUUGCCGCCAAAUCUGGCCGCUUGCCGGAAUAUUCCGCACUUCUAUCCAUCAAAUCCGCCAUUACCGACGAUCCACAAUCAUCUCUCUCCACCUGGAACCUUUCUACCACCCACUGCUCUUGGUCCGGCGUCAUUUGCGACUCUAGACGUCGCGUUGUUGACCUUGACAUCUCUGGCCUUAAUCUCACCGGUACUCUCUCAUCCGACAUUGGUCACCUCCGCUACCUCCUAAAUUUCACCAUCGCUGCCAACAACAUCGCCGGUGUUAUUCCACCGGAGUUCUCCUUCAUUACCGGCCUGCGUCUCCUCAAUCUCUCGAAUAAUAUUUUUAAUGAAACGUUUCCGCCGGAACUUUCUAGCCUCAAGUCUCUGCGAGUGCUUGACCUUUAUAACAACAACAUGACUGGCGACCUUCCCGUUGCCAUCUCCGAAAUGACCAAUCUCCGUCACCUCCACCUCGGCGGAAACUACUUCUCCGGCAUAAUUCCGCCGGAGUACGGCCGGCUGCCGUUCCUUGAGUACCUUGCUGUCUCCGGGAACGAACUCACUGGCCCUAUCCCUCCGGAAAUCGGAAACUUAACAAACCUCCAGCAGCUCUAUCUUGGUUACUACAAUGGUUACACCGGCGGUAUUCCUCCAGAAAUCGGUAACUUAUCAAGCCUCAUCCGUUUCGAUGCUGCUAACUGUGGUCUCUCCGGCGAAGUUCCUCCUGAAAUAGAGAAGCUUCAAAACCUAGACACGUUGUUCUUGCAAGUAAACGGGCUCUCCGGAUCUUUAACCAAGGAGCUCGGAAGCUUAAAGAGUUUGAAAUCAAUGGAUUUAUCAAACAAUAUAUUCACCGGAGAAAUUCCCGACUCCUUCAAAGAGCUCAAGAAUCUCACCUUACUCAAUCUGUUCCGUAACAAACUUCACGGCUCGAUACCGGAUUUCAUCGGAGAACUGCCGCAGUUAGAGGUAUUGCAGCUGUGGGAAAACAAUUUCACCGGCAGCAUUCCGCAAGGUCUGGGCAAGAACGGGAAGCUACAGAUCCUUGAUCUGUCUUCCAACAAACUCACCGGCACACUUCCUCCGAAUCUGUGCACCGGAAACAAUCUCGAAACGGUAAUUACUUUAGGAAAUUUUUUGUUCGGUCCGAUUCCGGCGUCUCUAGGUCAAUGCCAAUCGUUGAAUCGAAUCCGAAUGGGCGAAAAUUUCCUAAACGGUUCGAUUCCGAAAGGGCUUUUUAGUUUGCCACAUCUCUCACAGGUUGAGCUUCAGAACAACCUUCUCUCCGGCGAAUUCCCGGUGACCGAUUCUGUUUCCGUCAACCUCGGUCAGGUCAGUUUGUCCAACAAUCGCCUAACUGGUCCAUUACCCGCUAGCAUCAGCAACUUUUCCGGCGUACAGAAGCUUUUACUUGAUGGUAACAAGUUCACCGGCCGCAUUCCCGGCGAAAUAGGGCAAUUGCAGCAGCUAUCAAAGAUUGAUUUCAGUCACAACAGUUUAUCCGGCGAGAUCGCCCCGGAGAUCAGCCAAUGUAAGCUGUUAACGUAUGUGGAUCUUAGCCGUAACCAACUUUCCGGCGAGAUCCCAACUGAAAUCAAAGGCAUGCACAUUUUGAAUUACUUGAAUCUUUCUCGUAAUCAUUUGGUGGGCAGCAUUCCAACCUCCAUAGCAUCAAUGCAAAGCUUAACAUCUGUUGAUUUUUCGUAUAACAAUCUUUCCGGUUUGGUUCCCGGCACCGGUCAGUUCAGUUACUUCAAUUACACUUCAUUUGUGGGCAAUUCCAAUCUCUGUGGACCUUAUUUGGGACCUUGCAAAGAAGGGGUUGCAAAUGGCACCCAUGAACCCCAUUCAAAAGGGACACUUUCUGCUUCUGUGAAGCUUCUUCUUGUUAUUGGGUUGCUUCUUUGCUCCAUUGUCUUUGCUGUUGCAGCCAUUGUUAAAGCUCGAUCGAUAAAGAAAGCAAGCAAAGCUCGAUCUUGGAAGCUAACCGCUUUCCAGCGGUUAGAUUUCACUUGUGAUGAUGUUCUUGAUAGCUUGAAGGAAGAUAACAUCAUUGGGAAAGGAGGAGCUGGGAUUGUUUACAAAGGGGUGAUGCCAAACAAUGAGCUAGUAGCGGUCAAAAGAUUGCCGGCGAUGAGUCGUGGUUCUUCUCAUGAUCAUGGAUUCAAUGCCGAGAUUCAGACUCUCGGGAGGAUUAGGCAUCGGCAUAUCGUGAGGUUAUUAGGGUUUUGUUCCAACCAUGAGACAAAUUUGUUGGUUUAUGAGUAUAUGCCGAAUGGGAGUUUGGGAGAAAUGCUUCACGGGAAGAAAGGCGGUCAUCUUCUUUGGGAUACAAGAUAUAAGAUUGCGAUCGAGGCUGCAAAGGGACUUUGUUAUCUCCAUCAUGAUUGCUCACCGUUGAUCCUCCACCGUGAUGUGAAAUCAAACAACAUCCUUUUGGAUUCCAAUUUUGAAGCUCAUGUGGCCGAUUUCGGGCUUGCCAAGUUCUUGCAGGAUUCCGGAACCUCCGAAUGCAUGUCCGCCAUUGCUGGUUCUUAUGGCUAUAUCGCCCCAGAGUAUGCUUACACGCUAAAGGUCGAUGAAAAGAGCGAUGUGUACAGCUUCGGUGUGGUUCUUUUGGAACUGGUAACAGGGCGGAAACCGGUUGGGGAGUUUGGAGAUGGUGUAGACAUUGUUCAAUGGGUUAGAAAGAUGACAGAUGGUAACAAAGAAGGUGUUCUCCAAAUCUUGGAUCCAAGACUCUCCACCAUUCCAAUCCAUGAGGUGAUGCAUUUGUUCUAUGUAGGCAUGUUGUGUGUUGAGGAACAGGCUGUCGAACGCCCCACCAUGAGAGAAGUCGUUCAAAUCUUAACGGAGCUUCCAAAGCCUCCAAACUCGAAGGUCGCGGCAGAUGGAGAUUCCAUGGCGGCGGCCACCACCACGGCUCCGCCAUCACCCACCAUGGAAUUAGGUGGCAAAGGUGAUCUUCUAAGCAUCUGAAAAGAAAAGAAGAUGAAUUGGUUAUUUGGGGUGGUUAAUUAGGAUUGGUUUUAACGUGAUGAUGGGUUUUAUGUAAGUAGUUGGUUUUAGAAGUGUAAUAUGUGCAUAGUAAGAUUGGUUGGGGGGAUCUCAAGUGAUGUAUUGUACUUUCUCUAAUUCUAUCUUCACAAAUAUGUUCCAUCA